UAACUAACAUAACCUCACAACAAUAACAUAACCUCUUAAACUUCAUCUGUGUCUGUGAGUGAGGGAUAUUUGUUUAAGUUAUACGGGAUUAAAAUAGUUUAAACCCCAAUUGUCUCAAAAAUAAAAAUGAGUGGUGAUAUCAGUCGUGAUGUGAAUGGUGCUUUGCCUUCACUAAACCAUAAACUUCACAGUGGGAUAUUCAUCCUGUGUUGAGAAAAUGGCAAUGCACAGAAAACAUAACAUCGUUUAACAUAAUGUACCCUGUUUUUAUUCUAGAUGUUGAAGAUGCAAAAACUGAAGUUGAGAGUAUGCCCGGAGUUUUUAGGUACGGGGUCAAUAGAGUUGUCGAUGAACUGAAGCCUUUAGUGGAAAAGGGUUUGAAAAGUAUUUUGUUGUUUGGCGUAGUGACACAUCUCUCAAAGGAUGACAGUGGUAUCAAUGCAGAUUCCAAGGAUAAUCCAGUUAUAAAGGCUCUCCCCAUUUUGAAACAAGCGUUUCCAGACAUAAUCAUUGCAUGUGAUGUUUGCCUUUGCCCUUACAUAAAUCAUGGACACUGUGGCAUCUUGAGAGAGAAUGGCAGCAUUAAUAACCAUCUGAGUAUAGAAAGGAUUGCAGAAGUCGCUGUCUCGUAUGCUAAAGCUGGCUGUCAUAUAGUCGCUCCUUCAGACAUGAUGGAUGGGCGAGUAGCAGCCAUCAAGCAAGGUCUGGCUCGGGAAGGGUUAGACUCCACAGUCUCUGUGCUCUCAUACUCUGUCAAAUUUGCGUCAGCUUUCUACGGCCCGUUCCGUGAUGCGGCCCAAUCCAGCCCCUCGUUUGGUGACCGCAAGGCCUAUCAACUACCUCCAGGAAGCUCAGGCAUGGCUCUUCGUGCUGCGGCCCGAGAUGUAGCUGAAGGUGCAGAUCUAAUUAUGGUCAAGCCUGGUUUGGCGUACUUGGAUAUACUUAGGCAAACAAGACAAAACCACCCCCAUAUACCACUGUUUGUCUACCAGGUGUCUGGGGAGUAUGCCAUGCUGUACCACGCUGCAAAAGCUGGAGCCUUUAGCCUCUUGGAUGGAGUGAGGGAAUCGCUCACCAGUUUCAGAAGAGCUGGAGCUGAUUGUAUAAUUACCUACUUCGCACCAAACAUUCUGGACUGGUUGGCAGAAGGAAAGCUUUAACCCUCUUUGCUGAAGUGCUUUAAAAAAUGUUUAGUAGUCUGCUUUGUAGGGUAAAGGGCAUAACUGUUAACCUGUAGGUCCCCAGAUAUCACACAAUUGGGUUUGAAUUCUUGCUAAACAGUACCAAAAACCACACAUAUUGAAUAAUACUUGCUUAAAGAAAAGAUCUGUCAAUAUUCUAGAGGAGUUUAAGCGGCUCGAUUUUUGAACCGAGCUGAGUCUAGCCUAAAAGCUUGAGUGAUUAAGCACCAAGUCAGAAAAUCAAGCUUGAGCCGAGUUUUACCAUCACGAAAUUAUCUCAAUCACAAAACGUGUCUGUGAAGACUGCAAGUGUUUGUUUGCUGUAUGGCUUGAGAAACGUUCAGUUCAUAACCCUCCCAACUUAUUCCAUGAGCUACUUAGUUCACCUGUUGCAAAGGAAUACAACCCCUCUCAGCACAACAGAUUGUGGCGAAAGUGGUAAGGUUUUGAUCCAGCAAUCUUCAAUGACUUGUUCUUUGAUUGUGAUAUUGCGACAGUAAGCAUGGCUAUAUCUUGACUAGCUGCUUUUUGCUUUUCUCACUCACUUCUCGAUCACUCAAGCUGUUAAGUUCGACUUGAAUAUCGAGCUGCUCGCACUCCUCACAGUAUUUCAUUCCAGGUGGUAGAAACAACAACUAGUGUUAGCUUUAUACAAUCAAUAACUAUUAAAAAGCUCUUAUUUAUGAGCAAUGUUUCCUUUAAGAUUAUAACUCUAUAUGAAUUUUUCAUAAUUAUUUAUUCAUAAUAUUAUGUAUAGUUUAUAAUAUUUGUUACAUAAUAUUAUUUAUUGAUUAUUAUUUACUCAUAGAUUAUUCAUUAUUUCAACAAUGCAAUAAUGCCACAAAAUUGAUCAAAAAUUAACAUAACUGCAACAUGUUUGUCUGUCAGAAUAGAAGGUAUGAUAGUAA